GCCUCUCAAACCACAGAAGAAGAGUCGAUGUCAAAAGAGGCAGAAGAAGAAACAGUGGCGCUAGCAAUGGCGGUAUUUUGGCUGCAAAAAUAAACAAUACAGCUUGAAAUUGAUACUGUCGUGAUAAUACCUUUAAAUCAAGUAGUAAAGCUUGUCCUCGGAGGUCUAUCUGUAGAAGAAAGCGAACAUCGUCAUCUCUUUUGGAGCCAUUUGAAGCUGCACAUCCCUGUGUUGUUGGUGCAGCGAGCAGCCAUCAUCUCAUUGUUGAGGAAACAUUUCUGCCUUAUCCUCUACGUAUCCUGACCAUUAACGAUGCCACUGGGUUUGAAACCGUGUUGUGCUGUCUGCAAGACAAACUCUUCGUCCAUGUGGAAGAAAGGAAACCAGGGGGAGAUCCUCUGUAACAACUGCACAGGAAAGAGCAGCAGCGGCGGGGCCACCGGACCCUCCAUGUCCUCCAACACUCUGCCCAGCAAUGGCGGGGGAAAGCAGUCCAAGCAGGAGAUCCACAGGAGGUCGGCACGGCUGAGAAGCACCAAGUACAAAGCUCCUGCCUCUGAGAAGAAGGUGUCAACUAAAGGAAAGGGAAGAAGACACAUAUUCAAACUCAAAAAUCCAAUCAAAGCACCAGAAUCAGUUGCUACAAUCAUCACGUCAGAAUCAGUAUUUUAUAAGGGUGUUUACUACCAGACAGGAGAUGUGAUCAAGGUAACGGAUGAGGAAGACGGGAAGCCGUACUAUGCUCAGAUUCGUGGCUUUGUGCAAGACCAGUACUGUGAAAAGAGCGCUGCACUGACCUGGUUAAUCCCCACACAGGCCAGCCGCAAGGACCAGUUUGAACCUGGGACAUACAUUGUUGGUCCAGAGGAAGAUCUACCCAGAAAGAUGGAGUAUCUGGACUUUGUUUGUCACGCCCCCUCUGAAUACUUUAAGUCACGGAGCUCCCCGUUCCCCACCAUCCCCAACAGACCAGAAAAAGGCUACGUCUGGACCCACAUAGGACCCUCCGCAGCGCUCACUGCCAAAGAGUCCGUCAGUGGCAGCAGUUAACACGACUGUGACAUGGACUCAGUCUGUUGCUUUAAACAGACGUUUGUACAUUUAUGUAAUAUAAGAAAAUAAAUAAUGGUUAACCACAGCCAUUACUUCAGAUUGAAGGCGACUUGUAAGUUGAUACAAAGGAAACCAUGUGUUACGAGAUAACAAGAACGUUGCUUACAUACUUUUGUAUAUAAUAAUUAUAAAAAAGCUCUUUUCCACCAUCCUUUUUGUCUGUGUUUAUUUUCAAGAAAAUUGUAUUUAUGCAUUGGAAUAAUAAACUUGUUUGUUUUUGA